AUGUUGAACAGAUGUGUUCUCGCCGUUGUGGCGCUGUCGACCUUGAGCGAUGCUGCUUCGACAAGCCCUCGCAUUUUCAACUACAGCGCUCUGAGUUUGAGGGAAGACUGGAGGAUAUGGCUUGAAAAGGACGGAGAUCCCAUUUCCUUUUGGCAUGACGUGCCAGUUUGGCCGGAUGAGAGCAACAAACAAGUGGUGAAUCUCGUCGUCGAAGUACCUAGGUGGCAGGACGGCAAAAUUGAACUCAAGAGGAACGAACCCCUAAAUCCUAUCGUUCACGACUCUUUGAACGGCGCUCCUCGGUAUGUGGAGAACGUGUGGCCACAUAAGUCAUACCCUUUCAUCUACGGCUCUAUCCCGCAAACAUGGGAGAGUCCAAACUACAACCAUUCCUUCACUCGCCUCCUGGGAGACAACGACCCUGUAGACCUCUUCGAUAUCGGUCAAGACCGCGGUUACGUCGGUCAGGUGAAACAAGUCAAGAUUCUCGGUGGUCUUGCCUUGGCUGACGACAACGAAACGGACUGGAAAAUUCUCGGCAUCGAUGUCAAGGAUCCCAUGGCAUCGAUCAUCAACUAUGUUGAAAAGUAUCGCCCUGGAACCAUCAAGACAUUCCGAGACUGGUGGGCACAUUACAAGGUGGCCCGUGGUGACCCAGUCAUAAAUAUUAUCGGGGACUGGUACCAGAAUGUCACCUAUAUGCAGAGCGUCAUCGAGGAAAGCCACACGACCUGGGCAGAGUUGAUCAGAGGGGAGGUCGACUCUAACGAAAUCAACUACAACCAGACCUCUCGACCGGACGUUGAAAACAGCUUUUUAAAUAAGAGCUCAACUACAGCGAGAUUUAACAUUCCAGCAGAGAGCAGGGUUGAUCCUGCUGCUCCGAGGCCGGAGAAAGCUGAACGUUGGUAUUACCUGGACAGCGACUCCAAUUUGAUUGUUGUUCCCGAGACACAACGUACAUUUCUCAACCGACAACAAGCCUAG